CGCACUUGACCCACGUCAGCUUUUCACAAGCCCCCCGAUUUGUCAAGUGGGCCGUGUCUCGCUGACUCAGAUGGGGCUUUGAUAAGAUCAAUUUUGUUUUCACCCACCUGACAUGGUGGAGUUGAAGAGCUGUUGGUACUUAUACUUUCCGGUCAUCAUCGAUUGAUACUGACAUGAUUGUUUGAACUUGGAGGGUGGAUCUGUGAUAGCCCUACUAGUUUCGGUUCAGCGCGUUUGUGGAUUUUGAGUUUGAGGAUUUUGUGAAAGAAACAUUUGACGGUGAAGCUUUGGAAUUUGAGGAAUGGCGUAUUCUGUGGGUGUGCGCUGUUGGGGUAGUUAGUGCAGGCAAGCAUCGAUUUCUUGUGUUGUGGGUGUGUUGGAGCGUAGAAUAAUUGGAGUUUGUAGCUACCAAUUGCGAUGCGAAGUUCGUGUGAUUGAUCGUGUGUAAUGUCUGUUGAUCUCCUCUAACAUUGUCUAUACUUCUCUCACGUUGUCUGCGUAAUCACUAUUUUGGUUCGUCCCAUGCUUUCAAGACAUUUCUGAGGCCGACCAAAUGGAGUUUUCUUGCGAGAUAGGAUUAUGCUUAUCGUAGGGGCUUGUCGCUGAGGUUGGGUAUCAAACCUAGUAGUUAGGUUACUUAUAAUAUGUUUGUGUUGAAUUAGACGUACAGGUAUUUUUAAUUAAAACUCAGUUUGUCGACCUCAUCCCUGCGAAAUACAUAUUUCUGUCAAAUCAGAAGAUCGGAAAACCAUUCUUCAGAGCUUGCUUAACAGUUCCGGCCGGUUUCAUACGUCACGAUCAUUUCAUCCACCGAAUUAGCCAACAGAUCCGGGAGCGAGGCAGUUUGAUACGCUUGCGGUGCAGGAAGAGCAAAGAUGGCGUUAGUUGGACUGUUGACACCUCUCGCCAGCGCAUCUUUGCACGCCACGGUCCCUCAGGCUCGAGCACAGAAAUUCCAAACAGCAUGCCCGAACAGCAAGUUGCGGUUAAUGAGUCCCGGCUGCAGCGGCAGAGCCAUGGCAACUUCUAUGGCAUCAGAACCCGUGCCGCACAACAGCAGCAGCAAUGACGUGCCGAAAACGCAGCCAUUCAAUCAAAGCCGUAUCAGCCGUCUCGUGCGUGAGCACUCUCUUCUCGAGAAAGCAGAGCAUGCGCUUGCAGAUAAGUGCACGCUCCUUGAAGGCGAUGAGGCUUUUCGUUGCUGGGAGGCGCUCUUCGAGUUUGAGAACAUCAAGGAAGAGUGUCAGGUUGAGUGUGAUCUGGCAACUGGUGACGAUCGCUCAACCGCGUGCCGUCCUUUGGAGCGAUUUGAAAACCUAGUCAGACAAUCAGGUGGCGUGAAAGGAUUGAUAGACAACGUCCUUAUGGUGGCCAAAGCCGCUAAAAAACACCCAAAGCCAGUUGAGCCAGUUACUCCGACAGCAGAGAAGCCUGUGUUCCCUGAAGAUGGAGGCCUACCUCCGCAGGAUUCGGUUGCAGAUGAAUCAGGGUUGUUGCCCGAGUCCGACUUCACACGCAUGCUUCGACAUAAUGGUCGCUCCCCUGCAUGGUUCACACAGAGGCCUGAUCACGAAAGUGAUUAAAGCUGGUUUGAAGUCUUUUCAGUUGAAGUAUGUAGGCAGGGGAUUAGAUGUACAUUUUUGAUAGUCAAAUUUUGUAUAUUAGUUUGUACUCUAAGUUCAGGACUUCGAAUCUAAAGAGACAGACAUAAAGAUAAAACAGAAAUUAGGUGUUUGAAGCGAGUGGGUUGUGCAAAAUACAUGGUGAUAUGCAGCAAAUUCCUACUGUAGGGAUCUGUUUUGGCAAGCACUUUCUCUCUUUGAAUGGUGCUUUUGAAUGUAUGAAUCGAAUGAAUCUGUGCUCGAA